AUGGCCACCCUUCAAGAGUCCAAGUCCAACGCCGAAGUCGAACAUGACGGCACGCCGUUCGACGAGAAGGCCCCCGCCGGCGAGGUGACGGAGAUCAAUGCCGCCUCCGUCGCCCUCGCCGCUGCCCUGGCCGAGAGACCGCCGAACAUCUGGUCGCCCAACAUGAUCAAGCUCUACUGCAUUCUUGCCAUUGGCUACCUCGUGUCUACUAUGAACGGUUUUGACAGCUCCCUCAUGGGAAGUCAAAACGCGAUGCCUCAAUACCAAAAGACCUUCGGCCUCGACGGCGCCGGCUCCACCACCGGUAUCGUCUUCAUGAUCUACCAGGUCGGUCAGGUGGUCAGCUUCCCUUUCUGCUCCCCCUUGGCCGACGGAUACGGCCGUCGUUUCUGUAUCUUCGUCGGCUGCUUCAUCGUCCUCAUCGGCACCGCCAUCCAGACGCCCGCCAACACGCUCGGCCAAUUCAUUGGCGGAAGAUUCGUCCUCGGUUUCGGCGCCUCCCUUGCCUCUGCUGCCGGUCCCGCUUACAUCGUUGAGCUUGCGCAUCCUAAGUACAGAGGAACCAUGGCUGGCGCAUACAACACCUUCUGGUGGCUCGGAAACAUUCUUGCCGGAUGGACCACAUACGGCACGAACGAGCACCUAGAGACCAGCUGGGCGUGGCGUAUCCCCACCCUUGUCCAGGCCGGCAUGCCCGCCGUCGUCAUGUGCUUCAUCAUGUUCUUCCCUGAGUCCCCCAGGUGGCUCAUCUCCCACGACCGCGGCGAGGAGGCCCUCGCCAUUCUCGCAAAGUACCACGGCGACGGUGACGCCAGCUCGCCCGUUGUGCAGCUCCAGUACCAGGAGAUCGUCGAGGACAACCGUCUGACCAAGGACGAGAACCCCUGGUGGGACAUGCGGGAACUGUUCCACACCAGAGCGGCCCGCUACAGACUCUACAUGAUGAUUGCGAUGGCUUUCUUUGGUCAAUGGAGCGGCAAUAACGUCGUUUCUUACUUCAUGCCCGAGAUGUUCAAGCAGGCAGGCAUCACCAGCGACAGCACUCAGCUGCUGCUCACAGCCAUCAACCCCAUAUUCUGCCUCAUCGCGGCCAUCUAUGGAGCCACACUGCUCGACAAGCUCGGCCGACGUUUCAUGAUGUUGGCUGGCCUGGCCGGCUCCCUCGUCGCCUACAUCAUGUUGACCGCCUUCACCGCCGAAACCCCGAAUAACCAGAACCUUUCCUACGGCGUCAUCGUCUCUAUCUACCUCUUCGGCAUCGUCUUCUCCUGGGGCUUCACCCCUCUGCAGACGCUCUACGCCGUCGAGUGCAUGGAGAACCGCACCCGCGCCAAGGGCUCCGCUUUGUCCUUCCUGUUUCUGAACAUCGCCAUCAUCAUCAACACCUACGGUAUCAGCGUCGGCAUCCAGAAGAUAGGCUACAAGCUCUACAUCGUAUACAUCGUGUGGAUCUGCGUAGAGAUCGCGAUCAUCUACUUCUUCUUUGUCGAGACCGCCGGCAAGACCCUGGAGGAGCUCAAGACUAUUUUCGAGGCGCCCAACCCUAGGAAAGAGUCAACGAAAAAGACCAAGGUUGCGGUGGACGGGGCUGGCAAUGUUCUCGACGUCGGCGAGACGUAUGCGUAG